AUGUCGGGCAAUAGGCAGAUAUUCAUAAUAUCAGCAUAUUAUCCCGCGGGGAAUAAUAAUUUAGAUUUCAAGAAUGAUCUCAAGAGACUAUAUGAGUAUCUUAAAUUGGAUUACAUAGAUAAUUAUUAUAUACUUGGGGGCGAUCUGAACUCCAAACACAGCUCGUGGGGCAACACGAUUGGUAAUGAUAAGGGAGUAUCUCUGUUCGACUGGUUAUAUGAAAACGAGAUUCAAUAUCGGUGUAAACUAUACGCCUCGAGCUCACCCUCCUUCCCUCGCAGUGGUUCUUUUUUGGACAUAUUUAUUGUAGAUUCGAGACUGAUCAUUCAUGAGACAGGAAAUAGUGUUAACUGUUUGGAGACGCUAGAUUAUGAUAGUGACCAUAAUGCGGUGAAGAUGGUAGUUUCUAGGAAUACGCAGGCGGAACCACUUGAUUUUUUGCAGUCUAGUGUGACACGAACACUAGAUUUUAAAAGGACUGAUUGGAAGAAAUUUGAGAAACUGAUUAUGCAAGCUCUGAACAAUGAUAGCUUUAUCCCAGCCAAUAGAAAUUUAUCAAAUGACGAAAUAAUUUUCCAUGUUGAAAGAUUAAACAAUAUAAUAACCAAUGCAAUUGAUAAAAGUGUCCCAUCUUUUAAGGAAAAAGACCGUUUGAAAGAAUUAUUAAACACAGUUAUAAAAACUCUUCAGAAAGAGAAAAGCAGGAUUUUAACGGUUAUUAAGAAACACAACAGAUUUCAGAAUGUACUUAAUCCCACUGUUCUAUGUUUUAUGAAAAAUAGACUUAAGAUGGUUAGAAAACUCCUACAAGACAAUUUCGUUAUUUCAAUGAAUAAAAAGUUGGAGCAAAAGUUCAACAAAAUUAAUUCGUCCAACCCAUCCACUAUGUUUUCCGAAGCCAAAAAAAUACUUAGAAAUCGUAAAGCCGACAACAUUAAUAUUUUGAAAAUUCCUCCUGAAGACAUGUGUCUCUUACAUCGAGCUGAAAUUGAUCAUCGGACACUACGAAUUGAGAACGGAUCUGAUAAAUAUGUAUUAGAGGACGAAGGACAUAUAUUGAACUUCAUAGGAGCUUAUUUAGAAAGUAUUUAUUCCUCAAAAAGUACUGAUGAGACGAAUUUGGUGCAUAGGGAAGUUAUAGAAGUCUUCAACUCAUUUUUGGAAGACAAAGUGAGAUAUGAAGAGGGCUUAAAUACGAUAACGUACUUCAAUGAUAUGAACUUGGCCAAUGAUCCAGUUGCCUCUAAUUUGGAUUAUUUUACUUCUCGAGAGGAAAUUUUGUACAUCUUCUCCAAAUUAAAAGGAAAAUUAUCGUAUGGAAUUGACAAGAUACCCAAUAUUAUACUUAAGAAAGUCCCUAUGCUAUUGAUAUUUGACACUGGAAAAUAG